CAGAGGCUGAGGAUAUUUACCAUCAUUCCCAGACACGAACUCCAGAGAAGAAAGAAGAAGCUGAAACAGAGCUCCUUCCCCACCUCCCUCUCCUCCCCUGUUCCUCCCCUGUUUCUCGCUCUUCAGCCAUGUCUUUCUCUCUCUUCAACGCCCCCGCCACGCCCCGGCCACGCCUCCUCCUACCCAUCUCCUCCCCCGCCUCCCUCGCCGGCGGCGGCUGCGGCGGCAACAGGCUCUUCCAGACCCCUGCUCCUGCCGGUUUCGUCAAGCCGCUCCGAACCCACGAUUCUCUUCCUCCGCCGCCGCCGAGGCCCGUCGUGGCGCUCUGCGCCAAGAAGGCGUCGCCGGGGAUGAAGGAGCAGAAGUGGACCCACGAGGGCGUCAUCGUGGAGUCCCUGCCCAACGGGAUGUUCCGGGUCCGCCUCGACAACGAGGACGUCGUCCUCGGGUACAUCUCCGGGAAGAUCAGGAAGAAUUUCAUCCGGAUGUUGCCCGGGGAUAAGGUCAAGAUCGAGGUGAGCCGCUACGACUCGACCCGGGGGCGCAUCAUCUUCAGGCUUCGCAGCAAGGAUUCCGGGGAUUAAGGCGAGUUUGUUUUGCCGACGGUGCCGCGCUUGACGUGUUUGAUGAAAUGACUCUGUUGGGUAUUCCUGUGAAGUGGUUUGCUAAUGGGAUUGGGAAGAGGUAGGCACUCUGUUUUUUGCUUAUGUAAUUAGUUUGAAUACCUGACCUUUUAAGUUCAAUUUGGCAUUCUGGGAAGUGUUGUCUUUUAGCUUUGCAUACUUGAGCUGGUGUAAGAAUUGCUCUUCGGUUGAAUGGAAAUGAAAUGUAUUUAUCUCAGAUUGUUCCAUGGAGAAAAUCCGGGCUUUACGAAGCUAA